UAGUCCCACCACUCCAAAGAGCUCAAUUGACCCCAACAAAGCUCCCACUUUUUCUCAUUUCAGUCCCAACCAGAGUCCACGGUCACGUCGAUGACCACCACCAUGUCCUCCGCCACGGCCACCACCACCACCACCCUCCUCCUCCUCCUCCUCCUAACCCUAGUCGCCACCUCCACCUCCACCUCAGCCCCAAUUCUCGGCCUCGACACCUUCCUCACCCACCAGUCCCGCUACGACCGGCAAGCCUCCAACGACUCCUUCCAGUCUCUCUCCUCCACUCUCCGCCACUCCCUCUCUCUCUCCUCGCCGUCUCUCUCCCACUCUCUCUCCUCCAUCCUCUCCCUCACCAUCCCUCUCUCUCUCCACGUCCGCCUCGUCGGCCCUUCCUUCCCUUCCUCCUCCGCCACUCUCCUCUCCUCCUUCCUCUCCGCCUCCCAGACCUCCGAUCACUUCCACGUCAUCACCCCCGCCGACGCCUCCGACUCUCACCGCUUGGCCGUCAAGCACUCCCUCCACCUCGACGUCAGUCACUCCCCCUCCCUCGCCUCUCAGCUCUCCAAAACCCUAGCCUCCGAGCUCGCCAAUACCCCCGCCAGUCUCCGAUCGCCGCUUGUCUCCGUCGCCUACGACUCAAUCGACCGGAUCAUCAAGCAGGACUUCGAGAAAGAGAAGCCGGUCCACGGCGUUUACCUCUAUUUCUUGGAUUUGGGGCCCCAAUCCAAGAGCUAUGCUUACAGCUAUGGAUCUGGUGACUCCUCUCCUGGCUUCACCAAGUGCUUGGGCAGCGUUUGGACCGGGUCGGACCGCUACAUUUGGAUCGAUUUGGGCGCCGGACCGGUCGACUACGGCCCGGCGCUUUCCGGCGACGCCGUGAAAGGGGAAGAAGAGAAAGAUAAGGGCCAUGUGGCCACAUGUGAGAGGAAGAGGAUAACAAAAAGAAAAGGGUAA